CCACAACCGAGCGAGCUUGAUGCCUCCCCGGCUGAACUGCGUAUUAUAAAAUUGAAAUAAGUGUAAUGCACUCGUAAAUCUACUUUAGUCGACUAACGAAGAAUUAUUCAAUUUAGUUCUGUUAAAGAAAAGAGUUUAAAAAAGUAAUACCUAUUUAUACGAACAAAAAAAAUAAGACCUUUUCGUCUACAAAAGUAUACAUAGGUAUUUUCUUUAAGCUCCUCGGCAUAAGCACAAUAAAAGAAUAUAAAAUCCUCGAAAAUCAGCGUUGUUGUGUUGGUGUGGUGGUGACAUGGUUUCAUUGUAGGAAAAAGGAAACGGAAAAUUGAGAUUUUCAAAUUGAACUGGAAUGUGUCAGUGUAACAUGACAUAAACGGAUUUGAAAUAGAACACUUAACUUCCACUUCAACCCCUAAAAGCUAAAACCUAACGAACUCUCAUAUUGGAAAGGUUGAUUCGGCAGAUAGUGUACGAUUGGUGGUGUCGCUGGAGGACGAAUUGUUUGAGUUCAAUAUAUAAGUGAUAUUUGUCCUGUGCCCUUAAAAUACAUUUUCUUUUUUAAUUUAUUUUACACAUUCAUUAUGCAAUAAGUGUUACAGUAAGUGAACUCUGGGACUUAACUUAAUAGAAAGUUCAAGUGCUCUCUGUGCGAAAUGCCAAAUUUUCACGGAAGCAACAACUUCUUUCCCUGAAAAUAUCGAUUUCCCUCGAAACGAAAAUUUUAUUCUUAUACAUAUACCUACCUUUAACUUAUUGUGUAUAUACUAACCCAAUGAUGGUUGGUAUUGCUAUGUUCCAUCAUUUUGAAUUAAAACACUUUUGUUGCAUGUAAAUAGGUAUACCUACCUUUACCUAUAACUUUUGGCCCCCCCAAAACUUCCGCGAACCACAAAAACCAAAACCAAAACCAUCGCCAUCGCGGUUAAGUGAUUUUCCAUCAUAAUAUGCUAGUGAGGCAAUAACAGUAGUGCUGGUAAGUCAGAUUUCCUCUGUUCAACAAGAACUCCCAAAUGAAAUGAAAGCUGCGCUCUGAUCUUCUAUUGAAAAACGGGCCUUAGUCAAAAUUCUUUUUGAUCCGUUUCCAUAUGAAGUGUCAUCCAAUAAACAAAGCAGCAACUUUAGUUGAGCGUUCAUUAAGCCUUUGAUAUACAGACAAGCAAGCUCCAAAUUGUCGAGAUGAUUUCAAAUAUGAAAAGCGGUAGUGUGUUCACCGAGGGAUAUUUAUUUGUUUUGGUUCUAUUGAUGGUUGGACUCACUGGAAUCUAUGGCCAGAAUUCACCUCAGCAACAGGUCUGUCCAGAGCAAAGCGAUAUUUCACCGUGUAUAUGCACGGUGAAGAAAAACGGUCUGGACAUUUUGUGUGAAACUACCGAUCUGCAGCAUAUCAAUGUGGCGAUGGGCAUUCUAAAAGGGAAAAGUCCUAUUAUUUUCUAUCUUAAACUUCGUCACAAUAAUCUGCCGAAGCUACAGGGAUUCGUGUUUCUAGCUUUGGAUAUUCGUCAUCUUACCAUACACAACAGCAGUUUGGCAGCAAUUGAAGAAAAUGCACUGAGCUCAUUAGGAAAAGGUCUCACUCAAUUGGAUGUUUCUUUGAAUCAACUUCGAAAUGUACCUUCGCAAGCAUUGAAAAAUCUUCACCAUUUAUUAAUUCUCAAUCUAAAUCAUAAUAAAAUAACAAAUAUUCACGACAAGGCAUUUGAAGGACUUGACACCUUAGAAAUACUCACUUUAUAUGAAAAUCAAAUAAACUCUAUUGAACCGGAAGCUUUUAGAGGAUUAGAAAAAAAACUUAAACGUUUAAAUCUGGGCGGCAAUGAUUUGAAUCUUGUACCACAAAAAGCACUCUCUAUACUCGACACACUUAAGAAGCUAGAAAUACAAGAGAACAAAAUUAAAAUCAUUCGCGAAGGUGAUUUUGAAGGAAUGGAAAACUUAGAUUCAUUGAUCUUGGCACAUAACAUGAUAAGCACUGUUCCUGCUAAUGUUUUCUCCCAUUUAACACUUCUCAACUCUUUGGAAUUGGAAGGCAAUAAAAUAUCUGUAAUCGAUAAGGACGCCUUUCGAGGAUUGGAAGAAAACCUUCAAUAUUUACGAUUGGGCGAUAACAACGUUCAUACUAUUCCAAGCGAUGCGUUACGUCCCCUCCAUCGUCUGCGUCAUCUAGAUUUAAGAAACAAUAAUAUAAGUUUCUUAAGUGAAGACUCUUUCACUGGAUAUGGAGAUUCUUUAACAUUUCUUAACCUUCAGAAAAAUGACAUAAAAGUUUUACCAGCCAUGCUUUUUGAAAAUUUGAAUUCUUUGGAAACUUUGAACAUACAAAACAAUAAAUUACUACGCAUCCCAGAGGAUAUUAUGGAACCAAUAAUGGAUACGUUGCAUGUGAUUGAUAUAACAGAUAAUCCACUUAUAUGUUCCUGCGAUUUGAUCUGGUUCCCAAAUUUAUUGCAAGAUCUUAAAAGUCGCGACGAUGAAAUGGCUCAGAAGAAAAAACCACUAUGCCAUAUGCAAAUAGAGAACCGCGAGUAUUUUGUUCAAGCCAUGCCCUUGGAAAAAAUGCACUGUGCUGGACAAAAGGUCAGUUCAUCCACAUCAAUAGGUGUUAGCAAUGUUUUGAACACCAGACUCAUUGCUAAUAUAUGUCUUUUCAAACUUUGGCCUUUUAGAUUCGUCUAAAGAAUCAGCUACUGCUUUAAGUACUAAACAAAACAAAUUUGAACAAAACAACAAAAAUGUUGAUGAUUUUUUGAAAAUACACUCCCUGCGGAAAAAUUCAUUAAAAUUCAUAUUUAUUAAUUUCGAAAACCUAAACAAAAAAAAUCCUACAUAAUUAAUUUAAAGCAUAUCAAAUUUUAAUGUAUUUUUUGUAAUCAAAUCACUACCUACAAACAUUUAUACAGAUAUUUUAUUCAAGACAUGACAGUACCUAAAAUACAAACAAAAAUCGUUACUAAAUGUCUAAAAAUAAUAGACGUGUUUUUUAAUCUAAUGUCUAAGUAAUUAUUUUUUAUUAAUCAAGCAAUAAUGGCUUAUUAAAUAUGAAUAGUAAAUUUGUUGCUUUUUGCUAAGAGAAUAUUUUGUAUUCUUACUUAAAUGUUACAAUAUUUUUGAAUGUCAAUUUUUUUACCUAAAAUGUUUUUUACUCGUAUUGGUGUGAAAUACAAUCAUAACUUUAUCGAACAUAAAAGACGCUCUUUUUAGGAAUAUUGUCGUUUGCUAUACAAAAAGAUACAUAUCAAUCAACACAACAAAAACGGGAAAUGUACAUAAAACGCAAGAACUGACUAUACAAUAAGUAGUUUGCCCUAAAUAUACAAAUAAUUAAAUAAAUAUUAAUAGAAAAAAGGUAUUUAUAGAAAAAAAAAUAAAACAUUGUUUAUAAAAAUAAAAAAAUGAAAACAUAUCACUUUAAAAAAUAAUCUAGGACGAGCUGUGUUCUUAAAAAAAAAAACAAAAAACAUAUUUAAAAUAAUUAUAAUAAAAAGCAUUAAGCAAAUACUCAUACAUAUCAAAUUAAACAUAUCAAUGCUGACAUUUGUUACUCAGUAAAAAAAAAGAAGAAUUAAAGUUUUCUAAAUAUUUACACGAUAAGAUUUAUAUUAAAAGAAAGGAAAAAACUUAUAUAUUUCAUGUAAGGAAAUGGAACUUGCUAGCAUUUGGAAGCAAUAUUUUGGGUCAGAGUCCAAAUGCAGUGACUUUUAUUUUAUUACCAAAAAUUGUAUUUUUUUAUUUAAUAAUGUUAUUUUUUCAUAUUUUCGAUGUGAGUUUUAAAUAAUUACUCCUUUCGUUUAAGAUUGGAGUUUGGAUGUUUUUUUGAUCGCAAAUUUAAAUUUUUAAAAAAUAGGUACAUCUUUGGAGCUAUUUGUCAUAUUGUAUUAAUGUAAAAACAAAAUGUUUUAAUUUAAAAUGUACGUAUUUAACGUGAAAGAGAACCACUUAAAUAAAAGUUGCCCUACGCCACACUAAA